CACCAAAGGAGUCAGGGCCAGGGCCAGAGAGCUGGAGAGAGGAGCCCCCGCCUAGAGCCCAGUGACAUGUCCGACCCGGAGAUGGCAUGGGUGCCUGAGCCCCCAGCCAUGACGCUGGGGGCCUCGAGAGUGGAGUUGCGGGUGUCCUGCCACGGCCUCCUAGACCGAGACACGCUCACCAAGCCCCACCCCUGCGUGCUGCUCAAGCUCCACUCCGAUGAGCAGUGGGUGGAGGUGGAGCGCACAGAGGUGCUGCGCUCCUGCUCCAGCCCUGUCUUCUCCCGGGUGCUGGCCCUCGAGUACUUCUUUGAGGAGAAGCAGCCCCUGCAGUUCCACGUGUUUGACGCCGAGGACGGAGCCACCAGCCCCCGCAAUGACACCUUCCUCGGCUCUACCGAGUGCACCUUGGGCCAGGUUGUGUCACAGACCAAGGUCACUAAGCCGCUGCUACUGAAGAAUGGGAAGAACGCGGGCAAGUCCACCAUCACGAUCGUGGCCGAAGAGGUAUCUGGCACCAAUGACUAUGUGCAGCUCACCUUCAGAGCCCACAAGCUGGACAACAAGGAUCUGUUCAGCAAGUCUGACCCUUUCAUGGAGAUCUAUAAGACCAAUGGGGACCAGAGCGACCAGCUGGUCUGGAGGACAGAGGUGGUGAAGAACAAUCUGAACCCCAGCUGGGAGCCGUUCCGUCUGUCCCUGCACUCGCUGUGCAGCUGCGAUGUCCACCGGCCUCUCAAGUUCCUGGUGUAUGACUAUGACUCCAGUGGGAAGCAUGACUUCAUCGGCGAGUUCACCAGCACCUUCCAGGAGAUGCAGGAAGGAACAGCAAACCCUGGGCAGGAGAUGCAGUGGGACUGUAUCAACCCCAAGUACCGGGACAAGAAGAAGAAUUACAAGAGCUCAGGGACCGUAGUGCUGGCCCAAUGCACGGUGGAGAAGGUGCACACCUUCCUGGAUUACAUCAUGGGCGGCUGCCAGAUCAACUUCACGGUGGCCAUUGACUUCACCGCCUCCAACGGGGACCCGAGGAGCAGCCAGUCCCUGCACUGCCUGAGCCCCCGCCAGCCCAACCACUACCUGCAGGCCCUGCGUGCAGUGGGAGGCAUCUGCCAGGACUACGACAGUGACAAACGGUUCCCAGCGUUUGGCUUUGGGGCUCGAAUCCCCCCCAACUUUGAGGUGUCCCAUGACUUUGCUAUCAACUUUGACCCGGAAAAUCCUGAGUGUGAAGAGAUCUCGGGGGUCAUCACCUCCUAUCGCCGUUGCCUGCCCCAGAUCCAGCUCUAUGGCCCCACCAACGUGGCCCCCAUCAUUAACCGCGUGGCGGCACCAGCCCAGCGGGAGCAGAGCACUGGCCAAGCCACGAAGUACUCGGUGCUGCUCGUGCUCACGGACGGUGUGGUGAGCGACAUGGCUGAGACCCGCGCCGCCAUCGUGCGCGCCUCCCGCCUGCCCAUGUCCAUCAUCAUCGUGGGCGUGGGCAACGCCGAUUUCUCCGACAUGCGGCUGCUGGACGGCGAUGACGGUCCCUUGCGCUGCCCCCGAGGGGUGCCCGCAGCUCGCGACAUCGUCCAGUUCGUGCCCUUCCGGGACUUCAAGGACGCCGCACCCUCUGCGCUAGCUAAGUGCGUCCUGGCCGAGGUGCCCCGGCAGGUGGUGGAGUACUACGCCAGCCAGGGCAUCAGCCCCGGGCCUCCCAGGUCCUGCACGCCAGCCACGACGCCCAGCCCCAGCCUGUGACAGCCGACAACCGGACCGACACUCCCUCAGUCUCUCAGUGCCUGUCCUGACCCUUGUGACUCAAGUGACCGGUGCCUCUCCCUCUUGGACCAGCUGUGUCCCCUGGGUCCUGGAAGUGAGUGGUGAGCCCUGCGCCAUCUCUCCAGGCCCCAUACCCCUCAGCCUUGUGGCCCCUCAGUGACUUUCUUCAGUGAUCCUGACUUUCUGGCCGUUAAUAAAGGGAACCACUCCUAGCA